AUGAGAAAACCUUGUUGCGACAAGGAAGGUACCAACAAAGGUGCUUGGUCCAAGCAAGAAGACCAAAAACUCAUUGACUACAUCCACCUUCAUGGCGAAGGCUGUUGGCGUUCCCUUCCAAAAGCCGCCGGCCUUCAUCGUUGCGGUAAAAGCUGCCGACUCAGAUGGAUCAAUUAUUUACGACCCGACAUUAAACGCGGCAACUUUGCCCCAGACGAAGAAGAUCUCAUCAUCAAACUCCAUGCCCUCCUUGGCAACCGGUGGUCACUUAUAGCGGGAAGGUUGCCAGGACGCACCGACAAUGAAGUCAAGAACUACUGGAAUUCUCACAUCCGCAGGAAGCUCAUCAACAUGGGAAUUGAUCCAAACAACCACAAGUUAUAUCAAACAUCUCCUCUUCUUCCUCACAAGUUCAUGCUCUAA